AUGGACUUCAUUGAUGAUUUAGCAUCACAGAGUUUGAGUUGUUGCCAAUUUCGGAUUCAAAUUGAUGGUUAUAGAGCGGCAUUGGCCGAUGGUGUGCAGUGGGUGCACCAAGACGGGGAGGCUGUUGCUCUUGUUGUUGAUUUAUUGGCGGGACUGUGUUGUAAGAGGUUUUCAAUCCUUUCUUGGGUUGGGUUCUGCGGCUUUGCUCCUUAUAAUGUGGAGUUGCUUUCUCAGUUUGACUUCCAUUUCUUGCUUGAUUUAUCUAGGCCAGGACAGGAUAAUGUAAAGGUUUUAGGAAUCCCAAUUGAAAGGGUUGAGGGUUUGCACAUAUGCAGAAGCUUGCAUGUUAAGGGAGCUGCUGGAGCUGCUGUUCAGUACUUGGGUUACACUCCAGGACUUUUUAUAGUAGGGCUCUUCGCUAUUCUGAUUUUAUGGAUGUAUGCUAACUUUUGGAUAACAGGAACAUUAUUUAUAGUUGGAGGUUAUUUGUUCUCCUUAAAUCAUGCACGGUUGGUGGUCUUGAUGGCAACUAUAUAUGCUAUUUAUUGUGUCAAAGUUCAAGUUGGGUGGCAUGGUGUUAUUCUCUCAAUAAACCUUGCAUUCUUCUCUAAUGAUGCAUUAAAUUAUAUGCUUCAAUGGUGUGAUAAUGUGAGUGAAAGGACACACUUUGAAGAGCAGAAGCAAUCAGAAGAAGUUAUUGAAGAUGACUUUUCUGGGGAGUGUGAAUACUCUAUUCCUACUGAGGAAUCUGAAAAGGUGCACUCAUGUAAAUCAUCAAGCAAGCCAGUUACUUCAGCUGUUAUUGAUGUUCCGAAAGAAUCUUCCCCUAGUACAGUGGCCAAAGAGGAAAUAAAUUCAGCUGUUGAGAUGAAAAAAAUAUUAGACAGUAUUGAUCAUUAUGAAGCACUGGGAUUUCCUCGCCACAAAAAAAUUGAUGCUGCAAUUUUGAAAAAGGAAUACCGGAAGAAGGCCAUGCUUGUGCAUCCAGAUAAAAACAUGGGAAGUGCACUAGCCAGUGAAUCCUUUAAGAAACUUCAAUGUGCAUAUGAGGUUCUAUCUGAUUCCACAAAGAAGCGAGACUAUGAUGAGCAGUUGCGGAAGGAAGAAUCCAAGACUAAGAGUGUGUGCCAGAAGUCCCAUGGUGCUUCACAUCAGGAUGGUCCAGAUUAUUGUUCCGAAGAGUCGAGACGUAUACAGUGCACUAAGUGUGGAAAUUCGCAUAUAUGGGUAUGCACCAACAGAAGUAAGGCCAAGGCUAGAUGGUGCCAGGAUUGCUGUCAAUAUCACCAAGCAAAGGAUGGAGAUGGAUGGGUUGAGUACAAAGGAUCUCUAGUCUUUAAUAGGCAUCAUAAGGUGGAAAUACCACGAGCCUUUGUUUGUGCUGAGAGCAAAAUCUUUGAUGUGUCAGAAUGGGCUAUUUGUCAGGGAAUGGCUUGCAGGCCCAACACCCAUAGGCCUAGCUUCCAUGUAAACAUGGUUGGUUUGGAGAAAACUCAGAGAUCAAACUCAAGUAGGUUCCCGUGGGAUUUGGAUGCUGAAAUGAUGGAUGAAGAUGAAGAAGAAUUUGAGGUGUGGCUUCAGCAAGCUCUGGCGUCUGGCCUCUUUUGUGAGUCCUCUAAACGCCGGAAGAGCUGGAGUCCAUUCAAGUUGCCCCAAAGGGUGAAGAGGCAAUCGCGAAGAACAUCGUGCUGA